AAGAGAGCAAAAGGGGAUCAGGAGUCAGUUAUGCGCCGCCGCCUGCCGUGCGCCGAUCUCCACCAUCUCGCCGUCGCCGUCGCCGUCGCCGUCGGAUGCCUCGAAUGAGGAUCCCCCGGUGCUUGAGCAGAGGCGACCAAAUAAGCAGCUCCCCCUUUGGGAGCUGCAGCCCCCAAUCCAAGCAGCAGCAGCAGCAGCAGCAGCUCCUUUCCGAGCAGCGACCGGCAAUCGAAGCAAUCAAGCGGCUCCACUCCGAGCCGCAGACGGCAAUCCUUUCCGGAUUACAAUCAGAAACAGGCCCUCUUUCGAAUUCAGUCUCCGGGUUUCCAUUGGUGGCGGCAACCUAGCAGCUAUAUAUAAAUCUGGCCUGGCGGUAACCACGGUACCCGCCAAUUUUAAGAGGAGACGAGCAACUCUCUCUUCCCAACGACCGGCUACCAGAUCGGCCUCGGCACAUCCUCCCUCGACAUGACGGACAAUGAAGUUGAUAGGCUCAGCAAGUUGCCCGAUGAUGUUUUGCUCAACAUUGUCGAGCGACUUGAUAUCACUGACGUUGCACGAACCACCAUCCUCUCGAGACGUUGGAAGCAGAUCCCUGCUAUGCUCUCAAAAAUUAUCAUAACAGUCGGUUCUUUUGAGCCCAAGGACGCAAGGAGAAAAUUAACCUCACAUGAUAUAGUUCGGGCCAACACCACCGUUCGGGAAGCAACCAGGAGCAUACUAGAAUGCAGGACCGGAAGUCUACACACCAUUCACCUAAUGUCCAUGCAAUUCUAUCUGGGAGAUGACUCCAUCUUCAUUGGCCAGACUGUUGCCAACACCAUAGCAACACAAAAAGUUGCUUCGGUUGAGUUCGUAAUCUUAACCGAAGUGCGUACCAAUUGUUACGUUGAUGACCUGCUCAAUUAUGGGAAGCGGUUCAUGGUAUUCUUUGAUUCAUGUCCAAACGCAUUUGGUGGUCUUGCACGCCUCUGGCUAGAGAAUUUGAGGUUAGGUGAAUCAGACUUCCCCAAAAUUUUCAGUAUAUGCAAGCAACUAGAGUUCUUGCGCCUCUGGCGGUGUGACACGGGGGAUCUGUCUUUGCUGGAAGUGGAACACCUGCAACUCCGUGAACUAGUGAUUUCGGAUAGCAGUCUUGAGAGGGUUGAUCUCAAGUGGGUACCAAAGCUCACAGUACUGAAAUUUAAUGGGUUUUUAUCUCGAGAUGACCCUUUCUGUUUGGGCUAUGUCCCACAGCUCCAGACUGUGAGCAUCACUAAUGUUGGUCUUUCUUGGCACAAGAUGCUCAAGCUAAGUGAGUUGCUUGGUAAAACAGCCAUAAGCAACCUGCAUUUGAACUUCAGAUGUGAAAAGAUUUGGGUCAAACCAGAAGGCCGAAAGCAUUUGUUACCGGUGUUCCGCAAACUAAGUUUUGUGAAUUUGUUCAACAUUUCCGAAGAAUGCGAUCUGAAUUGGACGAUGUUCAUACUCCAAGGCGCACCCACCCUUAAGGAACUAUGCAUUACGGUGCGGGAUCAUUUAUGUGAAAUGACAAAGGGGAAGCGGAGGUACUUGCAUGAGUUUAGCGAGGAGAAGGACAAAGGACUGGAGUGGGAACCAUCUGCCCUAGAUUUCAAUCACCACAGCCUGGCUGAGCUCUGUAUCUAUGGGUUUCGGGCAGAAGACAAAUUUGUGAGGUAUGCCAGAAACAUCAUGGAGGCAGCGGUGAACCUGGUGGCUGUAAACCUGUAUAAGAAUCCAGGGUGUGAGAAAUGCAAGCGCAGGCUUCCAAGUGGGUGGACGUUGACGGAGAUGCUGUUGAUUAGAGACAAAAUCAGCAAGGGUAUGUCGUCAAAUGUUGGGGUUUGCUUCCCGAGUUGACAGGCAACAAUUAGUAUGGAUUGGAGGGAGUAUCAUCUCAAAAUACACAGGUUCAUUGUUGACGGUUAAUCAGUGCAUACAGCAGUAGCUUUGCAGCGUGAGUGCGUUGUUUUGUCUAAGAAAAAAACUUGCUGUCAGCGACAAUUAAUAUGAAUCGGAGGGAGUACUAAGUUGUACAAUAAUAAGACUAGCCUUAACAGUAGUGUCAAGUAUAUUUGUUUUCAUUCUUCA